GAAAACAUAAAGAAAAUGUUCAACUGUAUUUCAAAAAAUCAAAAAUAUCUGCUGAAACUUUAGAACAACAACAAUCUACUAGUUUAUCACAAGCUAUCAUGUCCAAUAUUGAAGAUAAUAUAAUAAUUGAAUCAAACCAUUUGUAA